UAACCUCAACCUCUCAGACCUAACCCUAAACGCAUCUCUCUCCUCUCUCUCUCUCUCUUUUUCUUACAAGCUUCAUCUUCAUGUAUUACUAGUCCAUUUCCAGUUUCAUUUUACUUGUACACGACCUUUUAUCUCUUUCUUUUUCAAAUAUUCAAUUUUCUUCCUCUUGAUUAAUUGUGUAUCCAUACUCAAGCUAAAGCUACUGGUUUUGGUUUCAGCGGAAGAGAAAAAGAGACUAAUUAACUAGGGUUUUUUUUUUAUUUUUUAAAUUCAAGAAAUGGAUCAGGUCUCUCGCUCUCUUCCUCCACCUUUUCUCUCAAGGGAUCUUCAUCUUCACCCACACCAUCAGUUCCAGCAUCAGCAGCAACAUAACCACGCCCACGAAAUCGACCAGCACCGAAUCAGCGGCCUAAAACGCGACCGAGAAACUGAUCAAAUCGAUCCAAACGAGCUCUCUCCAGCCGGAAAAGAUCAAAACACUCCCGGUUCCGGCGGAGAAAGCGGCGGCGGCGGUGGAGGAGGAGAUAAUCAAAUCACGAGAAGACCACGUGGAAGACCAGCCGGAUCCAAGAACAAACCAAAACCACCAAUCAUCAUCACAAGAGACAGCGCAAACGCUCUCAAAUCCCACGUGAUGGAAGUAGCUAACGGCUGUGACGUCAUGGAAAGCGUCACCGUCUUCGCACGCCGUCGCCAACGCGGUGUCUGCGUUUUGAGCGGAAACGGCGCCGUCACCAACGUUACAAUAAGACAACCAGCUUCAGUGCCUGGUAGUGGUGGCGGCUCGUCUGUGGUUAACUUGCACGGACGUUUCGAGAUUCUUUCUCUCUCGGGAUCUUUCCUCCCUCCUCCUGCUCCUCCGGCUGCUUCUGGUCUAACGAUUUACUUAGCCGGUGGUCAGGGACAAGUUCUUGGAGGGAGUGUGGUGGGACCACUCGUGGCCUCGGGUCCUGUGGUGAUUAUGGCUGCUUCGUUUGGGAACGCUGCGUAUGAGAGGUUGCCUUUGGAGGAGGAUGAUCAAGAAGAGCAGCAAACGGCUGGAGCGGUUGGUAAUAAUAAUAAUAAUAUCGAUGGAAACGCAACGAUGGGUGGUGGGACGCAAACGCAGAGGCAGCAGCAGCAGCACCAAUUGAUGCAAGAUCCAACGUCGUUUAUUCAAGGGUUGCAACCUAAUCUUAUGAGUUCUGUUCAAUUGCCAGGUGAAGCUUAUUGGGGAACUCCAAGACCAUCUUUCUAAUUCGCCCAAAAAAUAAUAAUACGUUUCUCGUUUUUUUUUUUAUAAUAUAUCUUUUGUCAAAUUUUAAUUUUAUUUUCUUUCCUUUAUUUUCUAUAAGAUAAUUGUAGCCUUUGAUUGAAGAUUCGUGGUACGUAUGAAAUCGACGAGAACCGUUUUGGUCAUGAGAUUGGUUGAUCAAUCUUUUAGGUUUGAGAAUGGUGUGUGUUUUGUGUGUCUGCGUUGACUAUGAGAUAAUGAAUUGGUUUCGAG